UGCACCGUCCGGCCGGUCCGUGCCCCCUCCCUCCCUUUUCUCCCAGCCUCCCCGGUCCCUUUCAUUGUUCCUGGCGAAAUUACAUCCAAACAAGGGGGGCUGUUUUCUCGAGUUAAAAUCCGUUUUGGCAUCCCCAGUGAGCGCUCGUGCUUUUUCUUCUUUUCGCACGCAGAUAUCCGUUGGUGCGUAACAGCCGAGAGGAGGAGGAGGAGGAGAUCUAAACGGCUAAUUUUGAGACGUUAAUUUAGAAAAAAGGGACUUUGCACCGUGGUUUCUUGGAAAAUGGAGACAAUUUAAGGGUUCGUUUCAAGAGGAAAAUUGAAGAUUUUAUUUUUUAUUUUUUUGCUCCAGAUUUGGACUGAUUUCGCCCCCUGGUGAAAAGCUAGCCGUUGGUGGUGCCUUGGUUUCGGCGACGCUCGCUAAGCCAACCCGACCCAAAUCCCCGGACAACAAAGUGAAGGACUCUCUCUUGUUUGGACAAAUUUGGUUUUAUCAUGACAACGAGGAAAGCCAGCAGCGUGGUGGACACGGUGACUACCUCCACCACCACCACCACCACCUCCACCACCAACCACCAGACCCAGCCGAGGAGCCGGAGUCCCAGCAGCGGGGUUCCGGCGUCCGAGGCGGCGGGCGGAGGGGCGGAGAUGUUCGGUGAAUUUCAGGACUGGUGCCUGCGGACGUACGGCGACUCCGGCAAGACCAAGACCGUGACCCGGCGCAAAUACAACAAAAUCCUCCAGACGCUGAUCCAGGGGGACGAGGAGAACAGCAACGGGGUGUUUCUGCACGAGAAAAGCAACAACCACAUCAACGCCAAAUUUAAAUUCUGGGUCAAGUCCAAGGGCUUCCAGGUCGGGACGCUGCAGGAUGGCAAGCACGGGUCAUCGGACAGACCGGUGCUCUAUGUCCCCAUCAAGGCGACGUGUGUGGACGGAGUAUCGGGGGUCGACUCGUCCCUGAAGCGCGUGGCGGUGGUGGAGGAUUUCUUCGACAUCAUCUAUGCGAUGCACGUGGAGAUCAGCACGGACCCCGGCAAAGCCCCGAAACACGCCGGCCAGAAGAAGACCUACAAAGCUAUCGCCGAGACGUACGCCUUCCUGCCCAGGGAGGCGGUGACUCGCUUCCUGAUGAGCUGUGGAGAGUGUCAGAAGAGGAUGCACAUCAGCACCACCGGACAGGACUACAAAGAGAACGACAGGCCGAGCUCUCUGGUUCUGGAGGUGAUAGACUACAACAUGCCUCUCACCACCACCUACAUGAAACACAUGAAGCUGCAGUGCAUGAGCAACAACAAGGAUGACAGUUCACUGAGCAGCGAGGAGGAGGCAGAGAUGAGCGAGCCCGCAUGGCUAGCAGCUGAUCUGGGAGCAGCGUCCGACCUGAGCCCGCCGAGCCGAGGAGAGAGGAUGCGCCACAGUCCCCCGAACACGCACGGCAAGGAGGACGACGAGGAUUCAUCAUCAGAGAGCGGCAGUGGAAACGGCCUGCCCGCCCUGACCCCUCCCUCCUCCGCUGUAACGGACGCCGCCAUCGUCAGAGAAACAGAGGUCAUUAAUGUCAACGGCGGCCCCGCCCCGCUGGACUUCAGCACGCCCACGUCCUCUUCCUCACCGUCAGAGGACCAGCAGCCGAUGAACCUGAGCGACCCCGCCCCUCAGCGCCUGCCCCUGUCCACCUCACACCUGCCCGUCACCGUGUCGGCGGCGGCCGCGGCGCUGCUCGGCGCUCUGCACCCCAAUGCCCCCGAGGAGCUCCGCAGGAAGUACCCGCUGGCUGCCAAACCUCCCCUGGCUCCACACCCGGCCCUGCCUCUGCCGCUGCCGCACACACACACACCUCACACACAUAAUGCACACACUCCCAACACACACUCCCAGUCCCACACACACACCGCAGAGCUGCGACUGGACCGAGACGGCAGGGAGUACGGGGGCAAGUCCCCUCAGUACAGCUCAGGUGGCAGCUACGACAGCAUGAAGAUGGACUUGGGUGCCGAGGACCUGACUACGGGGCGUCACGGCAGCCAGGUCGCCCCCGACGAUGACGACGAUGACCACGACGACCACGACGACAACGACAAGAUCAACGACACAGAGGGAGUCGAUCCCGAGAGACUAAAGGCCUUCAAUAUGUUUGUGCGUCUGUUUGUGGACGAGAACUUGGAUCGGAUGGUUCCCAUCUCAAAACAGCCCAAGGAGAAGAUUCAGGCCAUCAUCGAGUCCUGCAGCAGACAGUUCCCAGAAUUCCAGGAACGCGCCCGCAAGCGCAUCCGCACCUACCUCAAAUCCUGCCGACGCAUGAAGAAGAACGGCAUGGAGACCCGCCCGACUCCACCUCACCUCACCUCAGCCAUGGCCGAGAACAUCCUGGCAGCCGCCUGCGAGAGCGAAUCACGCAACGCUGCAAAGAGGAUGCGCCUCGACACUUAUCACGAUGAGCAGAUCUCUCUGGACAAGCCGUCCAGCGGGGGAGGCGGUCUGAGGGAGCCGGCGUCCCU